AAAAAAAAAACGCGAAAAUACAAUUUGCUUUAAAAAUGGAUAAUUUAUUAACCAUUGUUCGAGAUUGGCAUUGUGACGAAUUUUUGGGAAUAACACUUUGUUUUAAUAGCAUUUUUUUUCUAGCUUUUUUUCUUCUCGAUGGUUUAGCUAUUGUAGAAAUAAUCAGGAGUAGACGUAGUGAUGGGGACAAAUUAUUAUGGGUUCUCUUGAUUUUGUUUUUCCAAGUUUUCGGAUUAAUUGCUUAUUUUUUUUUUUCCGACCGCAAAAGAUAUCAACGGUCCACAUGGUACCGAAAUAUAGCCUAAAUAAUGAUAACCGAAAGAUGGAACUAAAUACUCACUAUUUUGCUAUUUAUACACAUUUACAAUAUAAUUUGUGAAAUAAUAAAUUUUAUUUUUAUUUUAUUACCUAAAGAAACAAGGACAAAAGUGAAAUAAAAAUGAAGUUACAAUAAACAUAAAAAUGUAUAAACAUCUAUAUGAAUGAACUAUCUAGUUAGAUAAAAAUGAACAAUGUAAUUUUGUCUCUCUGUAGCCUAUAUGGGCUACGAUACGAAAGACUUUUUUUCUCUAACUUUAUUGUCUCUUUCCUAAAACGUCAAUAAAUG